AUGACUUUCAACGUCUUCCUUACCGGCCUUCUCGCUGCCACCGCUGCUGCCGUCCCUCUUUCCGCUCGUUCCGGAGAAUCCGGUGCCGUUCAGACCCGUGAUUCUGGCGGCGGCGGCCUUCAGAUCGUGAACAACAUGGGCAAAGAUCUCUACCUAUGGACCACCUCGUCCGAUGCUGGCUCCAUGCAGACCAUCAGCUCUGGAGGUGACCACAGCGAGGACUGGACCACGAACUCCAACGGCGGCGGUAUCUCCAUCAAGUUGUCCACCAGCGAGACCGAGGAUAGCGUCCUUCAGUUCGAAUACACCCAGAAUGGCGAUACCCUCUUCUGGGACAUGUCCUCCAUCGAUCUCGACGCGAGCUCCGACUUUGUCAAGGCGGGCUUCACCGUUGUGCCCAGUGACUCGAGCUGCAAGACGGUUUCUUGUGCCGCUGGCGAUGCGGACUGCAAGGAUGCUUAUCAGCUCCCCGACGACGUGAACACCUACUCGUGCUCUCUGAGCGCCGAUUUCACUCUUACUCUGGGAUAA